UCUUCUCAGAAAACAUAAAUUCUUCUAACCGAAAGAGGAAACCCUUCUUCUUAAGCAAAGAUGGUGGCACUGUUCUCCAACAAGAUCGCCAAGGAUGAACUCAAACCCGGCGACCAUAUCUAUUCCUGGAGGCACUCUUAUCUCUACGCCCACCACGGAAUAUAUGUUGGGAACGGAAAUGUGAUCCAUUUCACUCGUGGGGCGGGGCAGGAGAUUGGGACAGGAACGGUGUUAGACAAAUUCAUAUUUAGCUCCUCUCCAUCAAACCCCUCGGACUCUCCCUGCCCAAGAUGCGGUGACCAGUCUAAAGAUGAUGGUGUCAUAUCUUCUUGCCUUGAAUGCUUCCUUUCCGAUGGAGAGCUCUAUCAGUUUCAGUAUGGUGUCACACCAGCCGUGUUUCUUGCUAAAGCUCGUGGUGGCACAUGUACCCUUGCCCGUGCUGACCCACCCGAAGAUGUCAUCCAUCGUGCUGAAUACCUCUUUCAGAAUGGUUUUGGCGGCUACAACAUUUUCAAGAACAACUGUGAGGAUUUUGCAAUCUACUGCAAGACAGGCCUGCUCAUCUUCACAACUGUCAGUGUAGGACGGAGUGGUCAAGCGACAUCGUUCAUAGCUGCAGCCAGUGCCAUUGUAUCAUCACCACUUCGAUUUCUGACUACAGGUUUUGCUGGCCUCACAGCAAUGGGUUGUGGCAUUUACUGCAUUAGCCGACUUGUCUCUGAUAUUGGAGUACGACGUGAUGUGAUGAAGAUCCCGGUUGAGAGGCUCGUUUGUCAUCCGGGCCUCAACGAGCCUGAAGCUGAAAGCCUUGUGAGCCAUCCGGUCCUUGACGAGCCAGAGGCUGAAACCAGAACUCCCAAAGAAAAGUAAAAACUACUUGUUGCAGCUAAGUUGUGUUAUGUAUUCUAUCUCAUUGCAUAUAUAUGGUGCUUCCCAUUUUACCUGUCAUUGAUGUAAGAUGGCAUCUAUCAAUCAGACUUUGUUUGGCUGCUUUGAUAACCAUUCACUUGUACGGACAUUUUCUGAUGUUAAUUGGUUGAUGUUAAUGUAAAUGUAUUACAUCGUCUA